UGUCAACAUUUGCUCAGAUUACCGACGAAAAAUCCUUUGCACUUUUUAACGUGACCUGUAUGUGUGUGCGCACACAAACUUUCAUUCAACGGGUUGAGAGAGCAGAGCAAUGAUGGUGGUGGCUUUUUCCGCCAUGAUAUCCAACACCACGGGUCAAAAAAGAGAAGCCAGCGCGCGUGCUGUCGAUCUAAUCACGAACGAAAGACGAGACGACGCUUUGAGGUUAUUUUUGGGUGGCCCUUUUCAUUUGCCCUCCCACCACCAGCUGAUGUUCUUUUCGACAUUUAAACUAAACGCAAUUUCCUUUAUUUUUUAAUAAACAGUUAAAAAAAUGGGCGACGACGAAUCGAGUCCAAACAGUCCCAGCAGUUGCCGAAGCAGUCCCAUAAGUCUUCCGGGGAAAACGACGGACAGCCUCAACAUCAGCCGUGACAGUUCGCCGCAAUUGUCCGAUUCCGUCAAAGAGGAAGAGAACGCCGGAAGCCGGAACAAGACCAGCAUCAGUCCGUGCAGCAACAGCAGCAAGCCGUCGGCACCACUUUCCUUUUCCAUCGCCCGGCUCAUCAACAAACUGCCGGCCGACGAAACCUCAACAUCAGAGUCGCCCGACAAUAAUAGGCCGUCGGGAUCAUCCGCCAAUAACAACGCCCAUCAGUCUCAACAUCCGCCCGUUUACCCGAUCCCGAUGUGGGCGCCAACAACGAGCGUCAACGGCAACAACACUAGGCCGCCGCCGCCGCCGGCAUUUCCAUCUCAACUGAUGCCGGGCUACUUCCAGCAGCAGUUCCCCGAUCCCGGCAACAACAGUUUAAAUCAAAUGUUGCGCAACGUUUUGAUGCAUCAGCCGACGGACGCCCUGGCCACUUUGAUGCGACACUACCAGCAACAGUUUUACGCAUCCGGACAUCCGCUCCAGUUUCCUUCGCACGGACCUCCGCCUUUGAAUUUGAGUUCCAGCAAUUCCGCAUCGACGGCCGCCAAUUUGCAAAAAGUCGAAAUUUUGAGAUCGGCCGCUUCGGCCUCGCUUCAACACAACAGCCGACCCUUAUUGGCGCCUCACCAUCUUCACGAUUUUUGGUUUCACCCUGGACUGGUCCAGUCGCAAAACGGACCAUCUUCCUCAUCUCUCCCUUUCAAAUCGGCUUUCGUCAAACCGAAUGUUAGGCCUAACAACCAACAGCAACAACAUCAACAGCAGCAGCAGCAGCACAGCAGCCCGGUGAGUCAAUCGAACAAGUCGAGCAGCCAUUCGUCGCAACACCUUUCGCCGAUCGAGCCGGUCAAGCGCAACAAGAAAUUGGACGUGGAAGAGGACGAUGAGGAAGAGGACGAAGAUGAGGAUGUGACGAUUGGCGACGAAAUGGACGAGGAAGACGAAGACGACGAGGAAUUGGACGAAGACGAUUUGGAAGACGACGAAGAAGAUGAGGAUGAAGACGAGGAGGAAGAAGAAGAUGAAGAAAGUCGAGUGAGCAGCAGCGGCGCCCUGGUCGGAUCGGACGAUCCCAGUCCCGUGAGAGCCGAGCAGCGACGUCGCCGCAACAACAACAACAACAACAAGAACAAGCGGCCGAAAAAGAAGAGCAAAACCGAGUCGGAGAAAACCACGACCAGCAAAUCGAUUGGGGAUGGCGGAGAUCAGCCGACGUCGCCGGCCGAUUCUUCGGCCGGGACGGGCGUCAACGGCUCGGGCGGCAGCAGCAACAACAACAACAAGGGCCGCGUUUUCACGUGCCCCGACUGCGGCAAAGUGUUCAACGCCCACUACAAUUUGACGCGUCACAUGCCGGUGCACACGGGGGCCCGUCCGUUCGUCUGCAAGGUCUGCGGCAAGGGCUUCCGGCAGGCGUCGACGCUGUGCCGCCACAAGAUCAUCCACACGGCGGAGAAGCCGCACAAGUGCUCGACUUGCGGCAAGGCGUUCAACCGCUCCUCGACGCUCAACACUCACGUGCGCAUUCACGCCGGAUUCAAGCCGUUCGUCUGCGAGCACUGCGGCAAGGGAUUCCACCAGAAGGGCAACUACAAGAACCACAAACUGACGCACAGCGUCGAAAAGGCCUACAAGUGCGUCGUCUGCAACAAGGCCUUCCACCAGAUCUACAAUCUCACCUUCCACAUGCACACGCACAACGACAAGAAACCGUUUACGUGCCGCAUUUGUGGCAAAGGAUUUUGCCGGAAUUUCGACCUCAAGAAACACACCCGCAAAUUGCACGACGCCCAUCAGCAGCAACAACAGACGCCGACGUCGUCAACUUCGUCGGCUGUUGGAGCCAGCAGCAGCAUGGGGGCUGUUUUGGCGCCCAGUAUGAAUUCGUCUUUCAGCUCCAACGACGGCGAAAGGAGCAGCCUGGGCAGUAGCAACGGCGCCAGUCCGGUCCAGCAACCGCGUUCAAUCGUCAAAACGUCACCGUCGGUCGUCGAGUCGGUCAUGCCGCCGCAUCAAUCCAACGCCAACCGGAUGGGCCGAACAAGCGGAGGCGGAGCUAAUAGUAAAAUGACUGGCGGUGGUGGUAGUAUGAAAAACAAACUUCAAAUCCCUCAUCAUCCGUCGGUGGCUAUGAAUCCAUUGGCGGCCUCCAUCCGGAGUCUCCAACAUCUUUACCAGAGCCCUUCGGCGACGCUUCCGCCAUUGAGCCUGACGUCGCCCUAUCACCACCAUCAUCACCACCACCACCACCACCAGGCGCAUUUAAUGUCGGCUGGAGGAUCGGUGGCGUCGUCGGGAUCGUCCAAUCGAGUCCCGUCGGGGGGAGCGCCGCCAGCGGCUCCGUCCCGUUUGUUUCAAAUCUCUUCCCUGUUAUGACCUUAUUCUUCUUCUUCUUCUUCUUUCCACUUUUAGCUCUUCUAUUGAAUGUUUUCCCCCAAUCCUUUUUGGCAUUUCAUUUGUUACACAACACAUUACGGUUCUUUCCUUUUUGAAAAUUUUGUGGAAUUUAUUCAUUGAUUAUAACCAAUACGUGUCUGUCGGACGAGAAUAUAAAACCAGACUACUGUACAGUAUAAAUCAAACGAGUCUUGCGCACACAAAUAAAUAUAUCUGGCGGCCAUAACAAUAAUAGCCCGUCCAUCUAAUAUAAA